AUGGAUGGGUAUAAGUUGUGGUACUCAGGCAGUGAGAGACAUCGUAAUGGAGUGGGAAUUAUAGUGGAUGAAGAGCUAAGAGAAAAGGUGGUGGAGGUUAAGAGGGUGAGCUUGGUUGACGAGGUGAGAGUGAGAUUUUGGGAGGCUUUGGAUGAGGUGGUGAGAAGCGUGCUUAGAUCGGAGAAGAUUGUCAUAGUAGGGGACUUUAAUGGGCACAUUAGCAUUUUUUCGGGUGGUUAUGAUGAUGUGCAUAGAGGGUUUGCUUUCGGCAAAAAAAAUGGUGAGGGGGUUGCUCUGUUGGAUUUUGCGAGGGCCUUUGGACUGGUGGUUGUCAAUUUGAACUUUCCGAAGAAGGAGGAUCACCUGAUUACUUUCCAAAGCGCUUCAGUCAAGACUCAGAUUGACUUUUUGUUGCUUAGAAAUGAGGAUAGGGCUAUGUGUAAGGAUUGUAAAGUCAUUCCGAGUGAGCAUCUUUCGACUCAACACAAGCUUCUAGUGAUGGAUUUGAUUAUCAAGAAGAACAAGAAGAGUAGGGCUGAAGAGGGUCGACCUAGAAUUAAGUCGGGUGGCUUGACGCCUGUUAGUAUGCUGGAGAUAGGGUAG